CACUCGCCUUAUUUUAUAGUUCCAUACGGAACUUAUUCACUUGUAGUCGUUUAAAACGAUAAUAUUAACAAAAAAUGUAAGAAUUAAAGAAAUGUUUGUGUUUAUAUAGUUAACUUAUUGUAGUAUAGUAGAUUGAAACUAUGUUUGAAGGAAUAGUAGCAUCGUUGUUAAAUAGAUAUUUAGGUAAAUACAUAGAGGAUUUAGAUUUAGAAAAUUUAAAUGUUGGAAUAUUUAGUGGAAAUGUGUUACUAUCAAAUUUGAAAUUGAAAACUGAAGCAUUGUAUGAACUUGGUCUACCCAUUGAAGUAAAAGCCGGUUCAGUGGGUAAAUUCAAUGUGAACAUCCCGUGGAAUGGACUCUCGAAUCAACCAAUAAUUGUCAAAAUUGAAGAAAUAUUUAUUUUAGCUGGUCAAGUUAUAGAUAGAGAAUGGAAUACAGAACUAGAAAAGCGCCUGUUAAGGGCAGCAAAAAAAAAAAUUUUAGAUAAUAUAGAGAGCACUUCAAUAUUUGGAAAUGCGCCUAUGGAAAAUGGAGGUUUUUUGGAAACUCUUAUGACAACUGUAAUGAAUAAUCUACAAAUAUAUAUAAAAGGAGUUCAUAUACGAUUUGAAGACACCAUUUCUAAUAUAGAUUCACCUCGUGCUUUUGGUCUUUGUGUUCAAUCUAUUUCGCUUGAAACCACGAAUAGUAAAUGGAAACCGAUUUUAUCUCAACAACGUGGCCAGUCAUCUGUAUAUCAGAUCGUUAAAGUUGAUUCAGCUUCAGUUUAUUGCAACACGUUAUGCUCAAAUUUAUUACACAUCAAUAAAACAGUAGCACCCAAUUGGCAGGAAAAGAUGAGAUCUGGUUUAAAUAAUUUCAACAUAGACAACGAAUCACUUGAAUUUAUAUUAAAACCAAUAGUACUCAAAAUUAAAAUAAUUGUUAACAAAUCAAACGAAGUACGAGUUCCCAAACUAUUAGUGGACUUUGUACUACAAGACGCAGCUUUCCAGCUAUCUAGAAAACAAUAUGUUGCAAUUAUGGAAAUAGUUGCAUUGAUGAAACUAGCAGACAUUAAUAGAUCCUAUCGUUGUUUCCGACCAAAAAAUAAUAUUUCUGAAAAUACAAAAAGUUGGUGGUUGUAUGCAUACCAGAGCGUUCUACAACAGAGAGUAACGAUGUUCUGGUCAAAAAUACAGAAGCAUAGGAAAAACUAUAAGAACUACAUUAAUGUGUAUAAAAAAGUAUUAUUAAAUCCUAACGAUACUGAAACGAAACUUGAUUUACAAAUGCUUGAAGACGAAUUGGAUAUUUUUAAUUUAGUAUUAGCACGAGAGCAGGCUAAAGUUGAGCUAUUUGAAGAAAAUCCAGAAAGCGUUAUAAUUCAAGAGAUAAAAUCAAAAUGGUGGGGCUUAAUUAAUUCUAAACCUAAGUAUAGACUUUACUUAACAUGCGAAAAGAGCAAAACUUUUUGGAAUUUGCUCAAUCAGUCAGAAAAAGAUCGUUUAAACGAUAUUUUAGGCAGAACUGAAGGAAAAGACAUUACAUGUUGUGUCAAACCGAGACAAUAUAUAGAACAUAAAUUCAAUCUUACUAUCGCCAACUGUUUGAUUAGUCUCAUAAGUGGUACUAACGAAUUAAUGGUGAUAACUAUAGGUCACCUUAUGAGUAGUAUUGAAACAAGACCUUCAGCAAAAGCCUACAAGAUUUCUACACGUGUUGAAAGUAUAAAUGUCGAGGCUUCUGUUGAAUAUAGUUUGGUUCCUAUUAUCGAUACAUGUGCUAUGAGGGGAGCUUCAUCAAAAUAUUUCUUGAGUGUCGACUUUGAAAAAAAUCCACUUAAUUCCGACGCAGAGUACGGAUUGAGUGCUACAUCAGAGCCAGUAGAGUUUGUCUACCACGAAUUUGCUAUAUCCGCAUUAUUAAGUUUCUUCUAUUUUAAUAAACAAGUUAACAUUGAAAAUACUAUUGAAAAUAUAUAUAAUAACAUUCUUAUUAAAUUUAACAACAUAUUCAACUCGAAUAGACCUGAAUCAAAGUACAGAAAGAUACUGCUGAAUUUGGAUCUACAAUUACCUCAUAUUGUUUUACCGGAAUUUGGCUCUAUUCAAAAAGGAGAAAAUGUUAUGAUAUUGGAUUUCGGCGGAGUUAAAGUCAAAAGUGAUUUACAACCAUCUUCCAUUUGUUUUGAAGAUGUAACUCAAAUGGAAAUGGAAGAAAAGCUUUAUGAUCGAUAUUAUAUUGAUAUAGAUGGAUUUCAGCUUAUAUUUUGUAAUUCAGGAAAUGAUUGGAGAGCACUGAAAAAUCAAGUUGACUCGUCUUCUCAUAUAAUUGCGAAAACUUGUACACAAUUUGUUGUUUCCAACAGCAUAAAACCAGAGUAUAAACAAUUAGCUAAAAGAAAAAUAAAUAUUGUAGUACAAAAUAUAAAAUUCAACAUAUCUGAUCGAAAAAUAAGCUCUAUACUGGAUUUUAUUGAGAAUACUCCUUUGCCUGUUAAUCAUGUGUCAUCGGCAACUUUAAAAAGACAUUACAGUGAUGAUGAUGAGAUAUAUUUGUUAGACCGGAUUAAUUUACACAAUAGCGAAGAGGAAUUAAAAGAAUUAAAAUCCACAUUAGCAUUAUAUCAAAAGACUAAGGGUGUGUGUUUUAAUACAAUAGAAGAAAGAACUGAUGUAAAGAAAUUAUUGAAAAGUAUCGAUAGAAAGAGUUUCGUGUCAUCCGAAAUGAGUGACGAGGAAUUUGCUGAGCUAUGGGCUCGUACGGUAGACCUACCUGGAUUCGACGAUAAUGUUUCACCAAAUAAUACAAUUACUUCACUGUUUAGAUUUAUUAUAGGAGAAAUGUCAUUAAAUUUUCAUCGUUCUAGUAACAAGUUGGAAAAAUCAUACUUGAAUUUUACAACUAAACGAUUUUGUUGUGAUGUGGCUAUUAUGGAAUAUGGUCCAGCAAUACAAAUUUCUAUUGGAUCCAUGAAUUUGACUGAUUUACAGCAUAUAUGUAAGAAUAAUGAAAAUGUACGAAUGCUUCUAAUCAAUUCUGAAACACCCACGCAAGAUUCAAUUAACUUACUUUAUCGAAAGGUUAAAGCCAACUGUCCAGACUUUAAAAGUCAUUUCCAUAGUGUGGAAAAAUCCUUGGUGCUAGAUAUAGAUCAUCUUAUUUUAUCGUGUCAUAGAAUUUCUAUUAUAACAUUUUAUAAAUAUUUACAGUACAUUACGAAAAAAUUUAGCAAUAGACGGACUAACUCUGUAUUAACAUCAGACUAUUUUCAAAAAAUGUUUAAUGAGUAUUUUACUGGUGAUGACUCACCUGUACCACCUGGUUCUACUAAAUUUAGCUAUUCUGCUCGGAUCAGUCAAAUGAAUAUGAUAAUAUGUGAUGCAGGGUUAGAUUUUCUUGAUGUAAAGUUGGGUGGUUUGGAGAGUGACUGUACUUUUAAAGCAAACGAUAGAAUGAUUUUUCGGUUGUACGCAAUGGAUAUGAGUAUUGAUGAUUUGUCUGAUAUUACACUUUAUCCAAAGUUGUUUUAUACAGACGAAGACAAAUUACUUGAAUUCAAAUAUGUUCGUCAUAAUCCUCGUUUCUACAAAACAAACAUUGAUGAGGUCAAAGAAAAUAUUAAAUUUGACGGUAGCGUUAAAUUGAAUUUAGGCAGAUUACAUAUGACUAUUCUAUGCAAUGUUUUGUUGGAUUUUCAGUAUUUUAUAGAUCCCAUAAUUUCAGAAGAAAUUUUAGAUUUUGGUCGAUGCUUAAGAAAAAUAAUUUCACCACAUGUACCAAAACUUAGAAAUGGAUGGAAAAAUAAAAUACAUCUUUCAAUUUUACUUAACUGUCCAGUAGUAUUGUUCCCUCAAAAUUCUACAUCACCAAAUGUUAUUUUAUGUAAUAUGGGAGAUCUUUCAGUAGAAAAUUUCUUUAAAGAGCAAGUGAAAAAAGAUAAUGAUGGUUCAGGAAUUGUUGAUAAUAUUUUGGCUAAAUGGGACUGUAUAAAUGUAUCAAGAGCAAUAAUGACUCUUGAUGGAACUUUAGUUAUUCAAGAACCUAUGGUUGAACCUUUUGGUAUUCGUUUGGAUAUAAAGAGAAAUUCAACAAAUAAAAUGUUAUACUAUAUUAAUGGUAGUAUUGAUAACAUAGAAAUGAAUUUAGGACAGAAAGAUUUUGACACAUUUUUACAUGUUUGGGCUGAAAAUUUUGAGUCUGGAAAUUGUAUUCAUGAAAUGUUGAGUUUAUUUUUACCACAUAUUAGUGAAAAAUUAGAAGAUCAAGAUUUAAGUAGAACGCAAGUCUUUUUUAACCGUGAGGAUUCUUAUCAUGACGUAGACUUUNCACAAGUCUUUUUUAACCGGGAGGAUUCUUAUCAUGAUGUAGACUUCAAAUUUACAUUAGAUAAUUUGCAAAUAUCUUUGUUUGCUAAUUCUGACGAGAUACUGAGUUCUCCCAUACGUGACAUGAACCAUUCAUUGUGUAAAUUAAGUUUAGACGAAAUUCACGUUAAAAUUGACAUGUUUUCAGAUAAUAAAGUAACUUUAAAUUCAUUCAUACAAAAAUGUUUAGUAGAAGAUACAAGAAAGCUGAAUAAAUCAGAAAAAAUAAUAUUUGAUUCAAUGGGUCCGUUAGAUCCGUCAGUUGAAGUUCAUAUUUCGGUUUUGACCCCACCGUUAUUUGAUUUAUUCUUCGAAAAAACUUGUUCAGGUGACAAAAGUAUCAACAUACAUUUAGAUAAGACGCGAUUAAAUAUAUCCAUACCAUUCGCUGUUGAAUUGUCACAGUUUAUAUUUGACUCUCUUCCAAUAAAGAAAAAUGUAUCUGAUUACGAAUUAUUAUUGUCACCAACAAAUCGAACUGAUGGUCAUAAAAAAUAUAGAGAUGAGAAACCCGUACAAGUAAAAAAGACUAUUGCUACUAAUAAUCAAUCAGAUUUAACAAUAUCGGUUCGAUUUGAACAGCCUGAGAUAGCACUUUUACCCCCUGAAAUUGAAGAAUCAGAAAAUCGUGAUCAAUCACUAUUAUGUAGAACAGAGUUCUUAUUAGAUUAUAGUCGCCAUCCAGGUCAUGAGGAAGGUCUCAUAGUAUCUUUAUCAAAUUUCCACUUGGUUGCUAUUUCAUCGAAACGUAAAGCUCAAAAAAUGGUUUUACAUCCGUGUGACAUAGAGCUGUCUAGAAUAAUUAGUUCAGGAGACCAUGACGCUGUCGAUGUUCUCAUCCGUUCCAGUCCCCUGAAUUUAAAUUUAUCAACAAGCACAAUUCAUAUUAUUCUUAGUGUCAUUGACUAUAUUGAACUUAAUUGCGAGGAAGAUGUUGAUUUUGGUGGAUCAUCUUAUUGGGAGUAUAAGACUGAAGACUUAUGGACUCCAAAAUCAAUCACUCCAACCUACACUCCCAGUAGAGCCAUUAACCGGAAAUCAUUUAUAUCUUAUCUUCAUAAUAAAUCAUCUGAUAGAAUUGAUGUAAAAUCAGAAAAUCUUGAAGUAUACAUGCAAGACAUCCAUAUUUCUUUCGAAGUAGAAGAAUUGGACAUGGAAGAUGUCCCAUUAGUUUUUUUAGACUCUUCUCUUAAAAUACAAAUAAAAGAUUGGUCUGAUCAGAUACGUUUGAAUGGUAUGAAAAAUUAUCUUAAUUAGAAAACUUUUACUCAA